AUGAAAUUAAAACCUAGCAUUUUUGAUGAGAUUUCAUCGUCGUAUUUCGGCGCCCCUCCGCCCCCCCCUCCGAAAUACACUGAUGCCACUAAUGAUGAAACAUAUUUAGAAGAUGAAUCUGGCAGAGUGAGACUUGUUGGUUCUUUGAUUGAAAACAGCCUUCUUGUCACGGGAUGUGUUGCUGCAAUUUUGGGACGCGAACUUCCUUCCGGUGAUUUUGAAGUAUUGGACAUUAGAUUUACUGAAUAUGCACCUCAACAACCCAUACCUGAGGUUUCUUAUAAGAAAGCUCAAUAUGUUGCAAUUAUUUCCGGCCUAUCCAUAGACAAUAGUGCUAAUAACGAAAAUUAUCUCCAACCUUUAGUUGAGUUUUUUAAUGGGGAGCUUGGAGGAGAUGAGGAUCGUAAGCUCUCUUCUAAUAUUGUACAUCUCAUUAUUGCUGGAAACUCGCUAAAUACAAAAACUGAUGUUGAUUCAAAUAUAUCAGAUGAACAAUCUGCUAGUGAAAUUCCAAAAAUUCCAUUGAAAAAAAUAAAUGACUUUUCUAGAAUUGCUUCAGAUCCAUUAAAGCGCCUUGAUCAAUUAAUUAAGGAUAUUGCAUUUUGUAUUCCUACUUCUAUCAUGCCUGGAGAAUUCGAUUUUUCUAAUCUUACCUUACCACAACAACCACUUCACAAAGCUUUUUUUCAUUUAAGCCGAGAACUAAAACCAUUCAACUCGUUUUUCAACAUUACCAACCCCAGUUAUUGGUCGUUUAAUGGUAUCACGUUAUUGGGUGACUCUGGUCAACCAAUUAAUGAUAUGUAUAAAUAUUUACAUGAAUACGAUAUUGACCGUUUAGACUUGAUGAAUCAAUGCUUACGCUGGCAAACGAUCGCACCAACCGCACCUGACACAUUAGGUAAGUUUUUGAAAAUUGCUGCGAGAAAAGAAAAAUCGUAG